AUGGAGGCGGCCAAGGUAGUCUAGGACCCUACUAGAGAAGAACACGCCGAAUAUUUCGUUUUUGUUGGAGGACCUGUUUUGCCAUUCCAUGGUUCGGCUGCCGGUACGGAAGAUGCAGGCCUCGCGAUUACCGGCGACUCCCCGGACAAGUUUUGCCAACUGACCGACCAGGAAAGAUCCCCGAUUCACCGAGCUCCCGCUAUUCUCGUGGAGAUACUACGCCUCCUUCAGUUUCCAUGUCGUGGGCGGGUGAAAAAUUUAGUUGGCCUGAGGUACCGGUAUGUGGUGCAGAAGAUGGAGAGGGCGGGAAUAGAUUUCAAGGGAUUAGGGGAGGAGGGGAGGGAGCUAUUGAAUGAGAUAAUGGCGGAGCUCGAGGACUCUGGGGAGGACAACUAUGUCCUUGUAGUUAUUAAGAAAUUAUUACAAAGCAUAGGUGGAAUGCUAGGGGGGUAG